GGGCUGAACUGGACUUGGGGGGAUUUGUUAUGAUUAUCCACACCACAAAAUCUCCAAACGAGUCAAGCCAUGCGAAUGCGUACAUGUGCCACGAAACAAGAAGAAACAAGCGGUGGUAGGAAGAGGUGUGACCCCCACCCUGCGAAUCACUAACACAAGAAGCAAGUGGGGGGUGGGCCGGUGGGGUAACGGCGGUGUAUGUGUUGCGUGUGCCUGUAACUUACUGCCCGACGGACACCCAGAGCUCGAAAACUCGAGUCCAUAAAUACUACUAGAUUACGGAGGACGAAAAAGGAGUGUGCUUUCCCCCCCCCCCCCCCCCCCCCCCCGCAUAUCUCAGCUGUAUUGAGAGAUUGAUGGAGGGCAGCAGGAUUUAUGGGCCGAGGAAAGGGUAGGCUAGCGGGUAGGAGAGGUUGGGAAUAUGGGUACAGGCUCGGGUUCGGGCUCGGAGUCGAACGAGAAUGGGUGGGGCGGAGCAGGUCCGGGAGUGGUGUUGAAGACGCUGGUGGUGAUUGGUGGGGCAAUCUUGCUCAGGCGUCUCACCAAGUCCAACACUCGUUGGGACCAUACCCACGUCGUCUCUCGCUCUCUCACCGGCCAGAAGUACUCGAAAGAGCAAGCAGCUAGAGACCCUGAUAAUUACUUCAAUUUAAGGCCUUCUGGAGGACUCCUCAUAAGCCCUUUCGUCAGGUAUACCACUAUCCUUGCUACCCAUCCAACCUACCUACACACAUUUGUCUUCUUGUUUUUAUGCAUGUGUUUGAGGAAGCAAAGGAGAUUUUUCAUGGUGAAGCCUUGUCCAAAUGAGAUGAAAUGUGAUGUUGAGUUAAGUACCUAUGCCAUCAGAGAUGCAGAAGAGUACAAGAACUUCUGUGAUCGCCCAAAGGACCAGCGAUCACAGCCAGAAGAAGUUAUUGGGGAUGUUGCAGAACAUUUGACAACUAUCUAUCUCAAACGUUGUGAACGUGGCAAACGCUGCUUAUAUGAAGGUUCAACUCCACCAGACGGAUUUCCUAAUACUUGGAAUGGUGCAACAUACUGCACCUCUGAACUUUCAGUCCUGAAGAAUAAUGAGAUACACUCAUGGGAUAGGGGCUACGAUGAUGAUGGAAACCAAGUUUGGGGAGUUAACGGAGCUCCUUACGAAUUUAAGCCUGCACCUGCUUCAAGUUUUGUUGACAUGUUUCCUCUAAAUUUUCCUCCUCAGUCCAUGGAGAAAAGGAUAGGGGGUUCAUUUGUUCUCCGAGAAUGAUCGCCUUUAACUUACAAUUACGAUAUGUAAAUCGAACUUCGUUUAUUCUUGUAGUCUUUCAGAAUCAAUUCACAUGCUCUCCUUCCAUCAAUGUUGCUCAGAAUCUCAGAUACAUUUUCAAUACACAUGAUAUGCAGCGUGGGCUUCAAAUGAAUAGGUUUUCUUUCAUAUUUUGCUUGAUGUAGUUCACCAUCCUCAGCUCUGUGGACCUUAGGACUGUGUGCAUCUUAGAUUCAUGAAAGGAUUUGUGAAGAGAAAAGAUUUGCCACACUGCAAGGGUUUUCGCACUGUAAUUCGAUUAUUCAAUUUUCUUUUUCA